AUGAAAACUUCAAAGGCAUCCCAGCGCUACAGAAGCAUCCGGAGAAACGCCAGUCAGUGCUACCUCUACCAGGACUCCCUGCUGCUUGGUAACUCAGAUGACAGCUUUAAUGCUGAUGAAACGGGGGACAGCAGUGAUCCGGAGCAAAUCUUCCAGAAUAUACAGUUCCAGAAAGAUCUCAUGGCCAACAUCCGUUGCAGACCCUGGACCAUGGGACAGAAGCUGCGGGCGCUGAGACGAGCAAAAGAGAUUGUGCUGAAGUUUGAAGGAAGGUUGACUAGGACGCGAGGCUACCAAGCAGCUGGAGCAGAGCUCUGGCGGAAAUUCGCCCGUUUGGCCUGCAACUUUGUGGUCAUCUUCAUCCCCUGGGAAAUGAGGAUAAAGAAAAUUGAGAGUCACUUCGGAUCUGGUGUGGCCUCCUACUUCAUCUUCCUGAGGUGGUUAUUCGGAAUUAACAUAGUGCUCACAGUGAUGACGGGUGCUUUCGUUGUCAUUCCCGAGUUAAUCGCAGGCCAGCCCUUUGGAAGCACAGCCAGCAAGACCAUCCCCCAGGAGCAGGUCAUGUCUGCCCAGGAUUUGGACACUGUCUGGUCCCUGGGGGGCUACCUUCAGUACUCCGUCCUGUUCUACGGGUAUUAUGGAAGAGAGAGGAGGAUCGGGAGAGCCGGCUAUCGCCUGCCCUUGGCAUAUUUCCUGGUGGGGAUGGCAGUGUUUGCCUACAGCUUCAUCAUCCUCUUAAAAAAAAUGGCUAAGAACUCACGCACAAGCCUGGCCAGUGCUUCCAAUGAAAACUACACCUUCUGCUGGAGGGUAUUUUGUGCCUGGGAUUACCUCAUUGGGAACCCAGAGGCUGCAGAGAGCAAAACAGCCGCCAUUGUGAACAGCAUUAGGGAGGCCAUACUGGAAGAACAAGAAAAGAAAAAACACAAAAACAUGGCGGUGACUGUCUGCCUGAGAAUCAUUGCCAACAUCCUGGUGCUCCUCUCGCUGGCUGGGAGCAUAUAUCUCAUUUACUUUGUGGUGGACAGGUCCCAGAAGCUGGAACAGUCGAAGAAGGAGCUGACACUUUGGGAAAAGAAUGAGGUUAGUGUGGUGGUCUCCCUUGUUACCAUGAUAGCACCGUCUGCCUUCGACCUUAUUGCUGCCUUGGAGAUGUACCACCCCCGGACGACGCUGCGUUUCCAGUUAGCAAGGGUCCUGGUUCUGUAUCUAGGCAAUCUCUACAGCUUGAUCAUUGCCCUUCUGGACAAAGUGAACAGCAUGAACAUUGAGGAAGCAGCUACCAAGAACAUCACAAGCCAUUGGGCAGAUCCUUCCACCUUCUAUGCCACCAGAACGGUGCCUGAAGAAGCACAGUGGCCCACACCCGGGGAAGGAGUGGAGCUCAGGAGAAACGCCAGCACGUGGGUCUUGGAAGAGACAAGCAUUCUGACUACCAUCAUGCCCCACACAAAGGCCAACAAGACGGUGCCCUACGUGCAGAGCCCCCAAGGACAGUGCUGGGAGACAUACGUUGGCCAGGAGAUGCUGAAGCUGUCUGUCAUUGACAUGCUCUUCACGGUGGCCAGCAUCCUCCUCAUCGACUUCUUCCGAGGACUUUUCGUGCGCUACCUAAGCGACUAUUGGUGUUGGGACCUGGAAAGCAAGUUUCCUGAAUACGGGGAAUUCAAGAUUGCGGAGAAUGUGCUCCACCUAGUCUACAAUCAAGGCAUGAUUUGGAUGGGGGCCUUCUUCUCUCCGUGUCUACCAGCCUUCAAUGUCCUCAAGCUCAUUGGGCUGAUGUACCUGAGGAGCUGGGCAGUGCUGACCUGCAAUGUCCCCCACCAGCAAGUGUUUCGAGCCUCCAGAUCCAACAACUUCUACCUGGCCAUGCUCCUGUUCAUGCUUUUCCUCUGCAUGCUGCCAACCAUCUUUGCCAUUGUCCACUACAAACCGUCUCUCAACUGUGGCCCCUUCAGCGGGCAAGAGAAGAUCUAUGACAUCGUGUCAGAGACGAUAGAGAAUGACUUCCCUGCAUGGUUUCACAUUGUGGUGGGACACAUCAGCAGCCCUGUGGUGAUACUCCCAGCAGUACUGCUUCUAUUCAUGCUCAUCUACUACCUUCAGAGCAUCGCCAGGUCCCUGAAACUCAGCAGCCAGCAGCUCAGGAUGCAGAUCCAAAACGCAAGAUCUGAAGACAAGAAAAAAGUUGCCCAGAUGGUAGAGGCUCGAAUCCAGACUCAUGAAGAAAGCACCAAGAGGCUUCUAAAGGAAGGUGACCUCAUCAGCCAGCUGUCCUCAGCAUACUUGGCAACGCCCCAAAACAAUGGCACCAUGGUCAACUUUGACUCUCUGAGUAGCAAGAGCCUCAGGAUGGAGACGGUCACAAGGUCCCUGCCCCAGAGUCCUGGGCAAGGGUCCAGGGACCCCUGCUCUCCUCUUCCAGGUGGAUCCAGAUCAAAGCCAGAGCAGGACUCCAGCAGGUACCCACAUGGGCCAUGUGCCAGCACAGGCAACCUCCACAAGAACAGAUCCUAUACAUCUGUGACACAGGCACAGCCCCUCAAGGAUGUCCGUUCAGAGCCUCUUUCCCGGAAAGACUUUCAGCCAAUCAGACCUCGUUUCUGUGGGCCUGGGGUCUCUGCCUUGAUGACACAUGGCCACAGACCCCGUACUCCCAGAUACUAUGUUGUAAAUGAACGUGACUGUCACAGAAAGGCCCACCCGACUUUCUGGCCAGAAAGGCAUUUCAAGAUAGAUGCCUUAGGUGACAUCGUGGAGCUGUACCCCAGGAACGUGCAGCAGUACAUGUCCUGGGCCCCCCACCAGCCUUGCUCACCACCGCUGAGUGAAGAAGAGGAGGAGAUGCUGAGGGCAGAUUUGGUCCAAUGGUCGAUCCCCCACGGCUCCCUGACAGACCUUCCUCGGGCUUCUCGUUUUUACACUGGCGACAGACCAGAAAGUGGGACCAGAGACCCCGAGUACCAGCGAAGGAUGUACUACCGAUAUGGGGAUACUAGUUUUGAGGGGCAGCUUGAGGAGCCCACCCUUGUACACAAAAAGCCACGACCCAGGAAUGUCCAUUACCCACAGCAUCCUCUGACACCCAGAGUCAAAGCCAAGUUCGAACCAUCCUUAACAGAAUCUGAUUCCGUGUCAGCGGCAUCCAGCAGUGACCAGCAGAACAGCAACAAUGACCAGUACCUGCAGGUCAUGUCCAGUCAAAGCAGAUUCCCGAGGUCUGCCAGUCAGCUGGGCAGGAGGAAGGCCAAGUCCAGGCAGGCACUGCCCACGGAUCUAAACGACCUAAUUUGUUCAAAUGUCUAG